GGGCCAACGGAUCGGAAAUGAGCACCGCAGCCACGCGCAGCUAUAGCGUAUAUGUACUCACCUUUACCUUUACUUUACCCCCCUCCCCGUCCUUCAGUCCUGUUAUAGGUGUGCCGGCUCGGUUAAGGAAGGAGGUGGAGGCGAGACAAGGAAUCUAUAUACACACCUUCAGAACAUGUGGCGUUUGGUGGUGUCGAUGGUGGUGAUGGUUGCUGGUGCUGCGGCGGUGGCGGCAAGGAACGUAGUCACCUACGACAGAAGGCUCCUCAACGACGACAAUGAGGUGGUCACGGUACCUUCACAGCCAACCAGAGUGCCACAGUCCCAGGUGGUGGUUAUGGCAGGGUCACGCCUUCAGGUGGCUGCCGCCUCCCAGGGAAUGCAGUUCAUAGCCGCUCCUCCGGUUUUUCCUCAGGGGCAGCAGGUGUUCCAGUUCGUAGUGACUCCAUGGCAGCAACAGCAGCAGCAACAACAACAACAACAGCAAAUCUUACUACCGUCUCCCCAGUUGCCUGCCUCCUGCGGCCCCUUCAUCGUGUCCGUGGAGCAUGAAACCUUCCUGGGCCACGCUUAUCACUUCUCCUGGUGCCACAGAAUGGGCCAGCGCUACACCCACCAGGAGGCCGCCGCCUACUGCCACAGCCUCGCACAACAACAGCAGCUGCAAUUUGAAGCGCUCAGUCUUGACAGUCAGGAGGAAGUGGAUUUCAUUUCCGACGUGCUUCAGUUUCACCAAAUCUCAGCAGUUUGGACCAAGGAAAUGUCCAAUUCUAUCCCCUAUGACAUCCAGCAGUACAUUGGCAGGUCUGACGACUCGCCAGAGCCCGGCCAACACUGUCUCUCGGUGGAGGGAGCCUUGCUGAUCAGCCGCCCCCGCCUCUGGGCUCACGAAAGUCCAUGCCAAGACCUCAAGGCUGCCAUAUGUGAGGCUGACCCGUGACAGCAAGAGUUUUCUUUGGCAUGCUGACUUGUGUACAUGAAAAGGAUUUAUUAAAUGGUACUAAGUUUCA